GGGGGGAGGGGAAGAAGGAAAAGGCCUAGGUAGCGUUUCCGCUCACUCCUUCCCAGGGUUUAAGACCUUUCCGGAGAGCAGCGGCAAGGAUCUUCCUCGACGUGAGUGCUGCCGGGCUCCCAGCAGACAGCUUUGGGCUAGCACUCUUCGAUGUUCGGGCUUCAUCCUCUUUUACCCUUUGGGAAACUGUGACACACCGUCUUUGGAGCAGGAUCAUAAGAGUAGCAGAAUGGGAUGGUGAACCCUAAAUCAUCAGGGAAGAGAGCAUGUCUGACUGCAGCAAUGAUACUGCUACUCUUGGUGCAUCUAAACCAGCCACGGAAGAAGUCAAGUCUAAUUCUGAGGAGUCUACCAUGGCUCAGGAUUCUCCCAAAAGUUCAGCAGCAGAGAUCCCAGUGACUAGUAAUGGGGAAGUUGAUGACUCUCAUGAACAUGGCUUUAACAGGGAUUUGAAGCGUUCAUUACCAGCUGGACUUGGUCUCUCAGAAACCCAAAUUACAUCUCAUGGCUUUGACAGUACCAAAGAGGGGGUUAUUGAAGCAGGAGCAUUUCAAGGUCCCUCAGCACCACCAUUGCCAUCUGUUAUGUCUCCCAGCAGGGUUGCAGCUAGUCAGCUGGCUCAACAAGGAAGUGAUGUAAUUGUUCCCGCAGGUGGCCAGAGAACACAAACAAAAAGUGGACCAGUUGUUCUAGCAGAUGAAAUUAAAAAUCCUGCAAUGGAAAAGUUAGAACUUGUUAGAAAAUGGAGUCUAAACACCUACAAGUGUACACGACAAAUUAUCUCUGAGAAGCUAGGCCGUGGAUCAAGAACUGUGGACCUUGAACUUGAAGCUCAGAUUGACAUAUUAAGAGAUAACAAGAAAAAGUAUGAAAAUAUUCUAAGACUGGCUCAGACAUUGUCGAACCAGCUUUUCCAGAUGGUGCAUACCCAAAGGCAGCUUGGAGAUGCAUUUGCUGACCUGAGUUUGAAGUCACUAGAACUCCAUGAGGAAUUCGGCUAUAACGCAGAUACCCAGAAGCUGCUGGCUAAAAACGGAGAGACUCUUCUUGGAGCCAUUAAUUUUUUUAUCGCCAGUGUGAACACUUUGGUGAAUAAAACAAUUGAAGAUACAUUAAUGACUGUGAAACUGUAUGAAAGUGCCAGGAUUGAAUAUGAUGCCUAUCGCACUGAUUUGGAAGAAUUGAAUCUUGGACCACGUGAUGCAAACACUCUGCCAAAGAUCGAGCAGUCACAGCAUCUGUUCCAAGCACACAAGGAAAAAUACGAUAAAAUGCGCAAUGAUGUUUCUAUCAAGUUGAAAUUUCUAGAAGAAAAUAAGGUCAAAGUGUUGCACAACCAGCUGGUCCUUUUCCACAACGCCAUUGCCGCGUACUUUGCUGGGAAUCAGAAACAGCUCGAACAGACCCUUAAACAGUUCCAUAUCAAAUUGAAAACGCCUGGAGUGGAUGCCCCGUCUUGGCUUGAAGAACAGUAAAAUCACUCAUGGAAAAAAAAAAAAAAAGAAA